GUUUAUUGUAACUAUGUAUAUUACAGUUGCCACGUAUAUGCCUAUUUUCCGAGUAGUCAGGACGGGCCUCAGGCGGUGCGGGUGGCUACCUGGAGAUCAAGCGGGAAGUUUGUUGUAGCAGAGGAAAUGAAUGUUUUUCCACAAAAAUAUGCCAAUUUCUACGGCAUGACGUUUAACCUGUCCUGGCUACCACUAACGCCUUACUGGAUGGAAGAAGUGCAGUCAAGACCAGAUGGAUCCAAGGUUUCCAGCUACAGUGGGAAAAUGUACCUCAUUAUGCAGGUCAUAGCUGAUGUCCUCAACUUCACUAUCAAUCCGCUCCCUUUUGAAGGAUGGGAUAGUGUACUUGCACGUGUGAAAACUCGCGAGGCUUUCCUAUGGCCCACCAAUAUGCCCAUAAUGCCACACCUACUGCAAGAUUAUGACUACAGUUUAUUUCUCGAACUCUCUACACUGGCCUUCAGCAUGGCCAAGCCCACUCUCAAGCCCAACUGGCAGAGCCUCUACUAUCCCCUACAACUGGAGGUUUGGGGCUCUAUUGCUGCUUCGAUCUGCUUUGUUUUCGUAGUGCUAAUUUUGGUAAGGCAUUCACGUUUGUGCGUGUUUUUUGUUACGUAA